GAAUAAUCUGGCUGAGCAGCGUCGCUGUCUCUUCAGCUCACUGACAAUCCAACCGACCAGAGAGACAAGACAGGCGCACUGACUUCUCUGCAACCUGUGUGGAUUUUUAUUUAUUUUUAACUCAAGAAUACAAAUCAGUACAAGUUUUUUAAUUUUUACCUGAAAAAGGAGCUAUCAAAUCCUGAGACCGAGCUCCCAGCUGCUGAAAGUAAGAAUUGAGAUUUGUUGGUUUAUUUUUUUUUGCAGGCGCGACCAUGUGGUUUAUGGAUAUUUUCAUGAGUUUUCACUGCGGAUUUUGAUUUGUCUUUUUCCACGGUUUUAAUAAACUAAGUUUACUCCUUUUUUGUAAUCACUCUGUGGAAGACUGGAGAAAUGCCUUCAACCACUUGAAUUAUCGAGUUGUUCUUAUAAGUUUCGUAUUUUAAGGGGCACUUCAAUCCCUCAGUCAGUGAUUCCGGAGCCAUUGUUUCCCUUUAAUAAGUGGAAUUUGCGUAUCCAGUCGGGAUGCUGGUUCUGGUAGUUGGACUUUUGUACCUUUUCAGUGGACGCACGGUGCGAAGCCAGGAUGCUACAGGUAGCCGCUUCGUGUGUAACGCCAUUCCCCCGGGCGCAGAGCCGGGCUGCGGGUUUGGUUCCACGGGAAACCGUGUCCAGAGCAGCAGCACCGUGGAGGACGAGCUGCGGAACACGAUCAUCCACCUCCGGGAGACCAUCCUGCAGCAGAAGGAGACCAUCGUGAGCCAUCAGGGCACCAUCAAGGAGCUCAACUCCAAGCUGGUGCGAUGCGAGACAGCAGCCGAGUCUCCGCCGGGCAAGUCCCGAGGUCAGGGCUCCAGGCGGAAGGAAUACGUCAAGAACACCAUGGGGGACCUGCCCCGGGAUCCCGGCGAUACCAUAGACCAGCUGGGCAAGACCAUGCAGACUCUCAAAGGUCGGCUGGAGAAUUUGGAGCAGCAGAGUGUGCGUCUCCCCAGCACCAACGUGUCAGCUGGAGGCGUCUCGGCUCUGACUCCUCUGCCCCCAGAGCUGCGGGAGCUUCUGCGGCAGCGUCUUGGGGGGCUGGAGAGCCAGCUCCUCCGAAAGGUGGACGAUCUGGAGCAGGAGAAGAGCCGGCUAUACAAUGAAACCGCGGCCCACCGCCAACGCACCGAGAGCACUCUCAAUUCACUCCUUGAGAGGAUCACGGAGCUUGAGAAAAGUAAUAAUGCCUUCAAAUCACCUGAGGAUUUCAAAGUGUCCCUCUCACUUCGCACAAACUACUUGUAUGGACGCAUCAAGAAGAGCCUGCCAGAGAUGUAUGCCUUCACCGUGUGUAUGUGGCUCAAGUCCAGCGCCAUUCCCGGAAUAGGAACCCCAUUCUCUUAUGGCGUGCCGGGCCAGGCCAACGAGAUAGUCCUCAUCGAAUGGGGAAACAACCCCAUUGAGCUCCUGGUUAAUGAUAAGGUGGCCCAGCUCCCUCUGUCAGUGAGUGACGGACGCUGGCACCACAUCUGCAUCACCUGGACGACCAGAGACGGUUUCUGGGAGGCUUACCAGGAUGGCGAACGUCUGGGUACCGGGGACAACCUGGCCCCCUGGCACCCAAUUAAACCUGGAGGGGUAAUCAUCCUGGGCCAGGAGCAGGACAUCGUCGGAGGCCGUUUCGACGCCACGCAGGCCUUUGUGGGCGAGCUGAGCCAGUUCAACAUGUGGGACCGAGUGCUGCGGCCCGUGGACAUCAUGGGUCUGGCCAACUGCUCAGCCUACAUGCCGGGCAACGUGGUUCCUUGGAUUGACGCUAAUGUGGAAGUGUUUGGCGGUGCGAGUAAAGUUGCUCUGGAGAUCUGUGAAGAUCGGGCUUUUGAUUCUUAAAGGAUCUAAUGCAAGGAAAUUCAGCAUUGCAGCGGGGAUCGAGAGGCCAAGUCAUCUGACUGUUUGCUGCUGCAGUCAAAUCCCACAGAAAAUGGAACCAGUCCAACAUUUUUAGAUAUUUAUAUGGUAUGACUGUGCAUCUGUUGAUGUCUCCACUGAAUUUGAACCCUGAACACAUUACAGCAGACUUCAAAUGAGUGUGUUCAUCUGAAGAAGAUAUGCUGUAGCAUCACAGUCUACUGUAAUGAUAUGACUUACUGUCAUCAUGUGCUUUCUCUCCAGUAGAUCGGCUUUCAUUUGACUCCUCUUUGCAAACCGCUCUUUUUGGUUGCAUUCCUUCUUCUGACAAUGCUGCACUGUAUUCCUCGUGAAUGUCAGCUGCAACAGACUUUGAUGUGCUGCGGAACCGUAUUCCUGAGUUGAUUACCAGACGCUGUGAGCUCCCUCCCUGUUUGAAGAGAAAUGAGGCACCGAACCAGAAAACACCGGAAAAUAAGGUGGAGGUUCACGAGUUCCAAAAGUACAAAGAACAACCUUUCGCUGUUGAUUACUUUGAAAAAUGACAAAAUGUCUGAAUAGUAUGCAUGAGCCCAAGCAGUGAAUGGACGUCAGUGCAGAAGUGACAGUGCAUGCUUUCUGUCAAUAUACAGAAUGUGUGGUGCGUCCAAAACAAGCCAAUGCAGCGUAUUGACAGCAUUACGCAAGAGAGUGUGUGUGUGUGUGUGUGUGUGUGUGUAUGUUCAUGGGCGUAUGGCGUAUGGCUUGUCUUGUGUGUAAAAAGUCCAGAGAUUAUGAGGGAGGGAGGACAUUUUUCAUUCUGGUAAAUCUAUGCUUAAUACCGCUCUGCCCCUCGAGCAGCUGCCAUAUCCCAAACAGCUUUAUGGAUGGGCUGGCUCUGCUCAGGUUAAUAGCGAUGUCGGACGGCUGCCCAGGACUGACGUAUCGACACAGUUGCAGAGCCCUGCCGAGUCCGCAGUGAGGGCAGGGACUGGGCUUGACCCUCAAGGGCAAUCCUUAAUUCCUCAUCCGGGUACUAAUUGUGUUCAUGAAUGAGUACGGUGGUGCGCUAAGCACACCAUAAAUAUAGACGGAUCAAAUCUAGAGAUGCAGAUGUCAGCACUUUACGGACAUUGUGAAUGCCUUUAUCGGCUUUCACUGAACAAGGAGGUUAAUUUUGUUCCAUGGAUAGUAUUUAUUUUUAAAAGAAUGUAGAAAAUGAAUGGUUUUGGAACAGCUUAGUGAAUAAAAUGUGUAAAUUUGCAGCUUGAUUUUUGUGAGUCAACUUAAUGUUGUGGUGAACAUUCGUUUCAAUGCCGUUCCUCGGUACAAUAGUAUCAAGCCUGGUGCUGGAGCCCCGUAAGAAGACAACGUAAAAGAGUCAACAUUGACAUUAACAUCGCUAUCACCGAAAGAGUUUCUUUCUUUCUUGUGGAAUUUCUCCACUGAGUAGACACUAGCACACGAGCCAUUAAACAGCUUCUAUUCAACUUAGAAAAGAAUGCAGUAAAAAAAGAAAAAGAUGGAGUCGGUUACUGGACAGCACAGAAGGUUGUAAAGAGAAGGUAUACUUCUUGUGUGUCACCAACACAAUGUGAAUGUUCCUCUUUUGAGUGUCUUUGUUUGCAAUGUUCCAAUGUAACGUCAAGAGACGUCUGUCUCGUUGAAAGUGUAUUUCUGUGUUCUUUCUGCUCAUGAGUUUUGUCCAUUAGGAGCACAAUGUCAGAAAAAGUACCCAGAAAAUGCAGAAGUACUUGUAGAAAAGCUUUGUUUAUAUGGUGAAUGGCCUUUUUGUAAAAACCAUAUGUGCUUUUGCUUGUUCAAACUUUUUUCCUUCAGUGCUUAUCGCACUAACAGCUCUGUAGCAGUUCAGAGGGACACAAGGAAAAGUGUGUGUGCUAUCAUUGUUUUAAAGUCACCUUCGCGUGCAGUAUCCAUUCUAGUUGUGCACCUUUCUGGCGUCCAGUUGAAUGUCCUUUUGCACCCAAUAAAAAAGUGAACAAGU